AUGCCUUUCUCCAGCCUGGCGAGGACGGCGAGUCGGCAGCCCAACGCGGCUUCUCUCCCUCCGGUGACCGGGCUCUCUUCUCGCAAGCCUCGGUUCUGUGAGCGCCGUCUCCUCCCUCAAGCGAGCUCGUCAACUCUUCUUCUCUCCCUCUCUUCUCUCUCUGCCUUCCCGGCCUCUCGCCUCGCUCUCUCCUGUCAGCGACUGCCCCUCUCCAGCGCGGCGUCUCCUCGUUCGCCGUUCUCGUCCCCUGCCUCAACGUCUCGCCUGUUCUUCGCCUCUCCGCGUUUCUUCUCCUUUUCCUCGUCUGCCUCCGAGCCUUCGGGUAGCUCGACAGUCGCCGCCGAGGAUGCCUCCGCCACCGCCGCCAGUCCGGCCGCAGAGCCCCUGUCUUCCCCCGCGUUUGAGUUUGUGGCUGUGAUCGGCGCAGGGCAGAUGGGGACGGGGAUCGGGAUCACGGCUGCGAGGCACUUGAAGCAUUCGCAGGUCGCUCUGCUCGACAUUUCCGAGACUCAGCUGCAGCGCGCGCGGACUCUAGCGGACAUUUGGAUGAACAAGCAAGUCUCCAAAGGCCGCCUGACAGAUGCAGAGGCGACAGAGUUCUUCAAACGCUUGUCCUACUGGCGGCUCGACCCCACCGCCCUCUCCUCCUUCCACCAACGCCGCGCGUUGUUCGCGAAACCCACCCUGUCGUACUCUUCGCAUGCGUCCCCGCCAGGCAUGUCGGCAUCUGACGGCUCGGGAGGCUUGCGCGCGAGCGAGAAGAAAGCCGAGUCAGCUGGCGACUCCUCGCAUGCGGGGAAGGAGGCCGAGACAGGCGUUGAGGCGGAUGGCCCUGCACCUCCCGCCUCGGCGGCCUCUCCAGGCUUCUCCGCCUUCGCCUCUGACGUCGCCGCCGCCCCCGAGUGUCUGCGCCGAGCGACGUUCUGCAUCGAAGCAGCACUGGAAAAUGCCACGAUCAAGUCUGCACUUUUCUCCUACUUGGACGCCGUCACUCCUCCGUCGACGAUUCUCGCGACCAACACUUCAUCGCUGUCCAUCACGAAGAUCGCUGCAGCUACGCGCAGACCCCACAAAGUUAUCGGCAUGCACUUCAUGAACCCUGUGCCAGUGAUGCCGCUCGUAGAAGUCAUCACUGGCCUUUGCACAGCGGAGGAGACUCUUCAUGCGACCGAACUGCUGGCGCAGCUCUUGGGGAAAACCACGGCGCGAGCCCUCGACCGGCCUGGCUUCGUGGCGAACCGCCUCCUGAUGCCCUACCUGAACGAGGCCAUCUUUGCUCUACAGGAGGGGAUCAGUUCGGCGAGGGACAUCGACACGAUCAUGAAGUUGGGAACGAACGUCCCGAUGGGUCCUCUGGAACUCGCAGACUUCAUUGGCCUCGACACUUGCCUAACCAUCAUGCGCGUGCUCUGCACCGAGUUGGGAGAUUCCAAGUACCGCCCGGCUCCCCUCCUCGUGCAGUACGUCGACGCUGGGUUCCUCGGCAGGAAGACAGGAAAAGGAUUCUACGACUACUCCAAGAAACUGUAG